AUGACACUAUCUCUGUCUCCAGACUGGCAGUAUGACGAGUGCAAACUCUCCCGAACAGGCCCACCUGCUACUAUUGUAGCCAUAGAUGAGGAGAGCCCUAAUGGAACUCUUCUGGUGGAGAACAUGCAGAUAAAUGGAAGAGCAGAAGACCCUGAUCGCACCAUCUCUUUAUCCUUACGGGUCAACCACGACUACUGGGUCAUCCUGGACCCGGUCAAACAACGCCUGUAUCUCAACAGCACCGGACGACUUCUGGACCGAGAUCCUCCCUCCUACAUUCAGUCCAUUGUGGUGCAGGUUCAGUGUACUAAUGAGCUUGUUGGCACGGUGAUACUGCAUGAGGUGAGGAUAGUUGUACGGGAUCGCAAUGACAACGCCCCACGCUUUCAGCAGCCACGCUACUAUGUUGCGAUUAAUGAGCUAACACCUGUUGGAACCACCAUCUUCUCUGGUUUUACUAGGAACAACGGGGCUGUUGACAUCGAUGAUGGGCCUAAUGGACAAAUUGAAUACACCAUUCAGUACAACCCUAAAGAUCCGACCACAAACAGGACAUUCGACAUCCCCCUCACCCUGUCUGGAUCGGUGGUUCUCAGGGAGCGGCUGAAUUACGAAGAGAUAACACGAUACCUGGUCAUCAUUCAGGCCAAUGACCGAGCUCCAAACCCAAGAGACAGGCUUACAGCCACCACCACACUCACGGUGGAUGUGUUGGACGGGGAUGACCUGGGCCCCGUCUUCCUGCCCUGCAGCCUGGUAGACAAUACCCAUGACUGCAAACCUCUCACUUACCGUGCCAGCAUCCUGGAGCUCACAGAUCCAAACCGGGUAAACCCUGUCAAUGUGACACCCCCCAUCCAAGCUGUGGAUCAAGACAGAAACAUUCAACCACCGCCAGACCGCCCAGGCAUCAUGUACUCCAUCCUUAUUGGGAAACCUGCAUCUUACGCGGAUUACUUCUCCCUGAACCGCACCACAGCCGAGCUCCGGCUUCUCCAGCCCAUCAGCAGGGAACAGCACCAGCAUUUCGAUCUUGUCAUUAAGGCAGAGCAGGAUAACGGGCACCCUCUCCCGGCAUUCGCUAAUCUCCACAUUGAGGUGCUUGAUGAGAACAAUCAGGCGCCCUACUUCCAGGUGGACACUUAUCAUGGAUUCAUCUCUGAAUCUGCUCCGCUGGGCACAACUAUCUCGAGCAGUGCCAAUAUCUCCACACCCCUCGCCAUUAUCACCAUGGAUAAUGACAUUGAGGAGACAAAAGAUCCCAUGGUGUGCAUCUCUUUGGACAACUACAACAGCAUCUUCGCUGUGACGCCCAGUGGGAUAGCACGCUACCUGACACUAUUGAAGCCUGUGGACCGUGAAGAGCAGCAGAGUUAUGCCUUCACGAUGAUUGCAUCAGAUGGAGUUCAGGAGAGCUCUCCAGUCACUGUUAAUAUCACUGUAAUCGAUGCCAAUGACAACACGCCCACCUUCCCCAAUGUCUCAUACAGCAUCAAUGUGUACACAGACAUGCUGCCCGGGGACACAGUCCUACAGCUGACAGCAGUAGAUGCUGAUGAGGGUCCCAAUGGGCAAGUAAGCUACGAAAUCCUGGCGGGGGAUCAGGGACACUUCAGCAUCAAUGACUGCUCGGGACUGAUCACUGUGGUGCCUGGUGUCAACCUGACUGUGGGUCGCACCUACGCCCUCACGGUGAGGGCCUCAGACAACGGCCCUAUGUCCCAAAGAAGAAGUUCCAUCACAACAGUUUAUAUUGAGAUCCUGCCACCCAACAACCAGAGUCCUCCCCGUUUCCCUCAGCUCAUAUACAGCCUGGAGAUCAGUGAAGCUAUGAGGACUGGAGCCACACUGCUCAACAUACAGGCAACAGACCGUGAAAGAGAUCCCAUCACAUACUCCAUCCUGAGCGGAGAUCCAGACAACAUCUUUGAAGUCUCCCAAAAGUCUGGGCUGUUGUUGCUGGCACAAACACUGGACAGAGAGGUCACGGAUCACUUCACGCUAACCGUCACAGCCUCCGAUGGCAAGCCAGAUGGGACUUCGACUGCUAUGGUGAAUAUAGUGGUGACUGAUGUCAAUGAUAAUGACCCAGUGUUCGAUCCGCUCCUGCCCCUCAAUCUCACAGUUCAAGAGGAAAAGUCCAACGCUUUUGUAGGUCAAGUGAAGGCUACUGAUCUGGACUUGGGUGUUAACGGGCAUGUGCGAUACCGACUGGUCAGUCACACUGACCUUUUCAGAAUCAGCUCUGAUGGCAGCAUCUUCUCCAUUGUGCCUUUGGAUCGAGAGGAGAGGGGACAGUUUGAUUUAGUGGUGGAGGCUUGGGACAGAGCCAAAGACCCUCGCCGGACCACCCUCACACUCUCCAUCACAGUUCUGGAUGUGGAUGACAACAGCCCGGUGUUCUCCCAGUCUGCAUAUCAUGCUACUCUGCCAGAGAACAGCCCAGUGGGCACGGUCAUCCUUAAUAUCAGUGCACAGGACCCCGAUCUGGACACAAAUGUCACCUACCAUAUCAGGACAGAGAGCGCACGGGAGCUGUUUGCUGUGAACCCCCACACCGGGGAGCUGAGGGUGCUUCGUUUACUUGACUUCGAGAAACUUUUACCCAAUAGGACAUCACAGACCUUUGUGGUUGAAGCAGUGGAUGGAGGCAGUGGAAACAUGCCCCCAGGAUUAGCCUCUGUUACAGUCACUGUAAUGGACAUGAACGACUUCUCACCAGUGUUCACUCGGACGCUUUACCGUGGAAUGGUGGCACCCAACGCAAUCAAGGAGACCGUAGUCACCACCGUGCAUGCAGAGGACCUGGACCCACCGGGUACUGCGGCCAGUCAAGUUCACUAUAAAGUAGAUUUGGAGCAGUUUCCUUACAGCACCAGCAUCUUUGACGUGGAGGAGAAAUCAGGAAAUGUUCUCACCAAAGUCAAUCUCAACGAAGAACCCAACACUAAAUUCAAUUUGGCGGUUAUUGCUUAUGAUGAUGGGGAGCCCAUGAAGUUCAAUAAGAGUCUAGUGGAGAUCACUGUCCUGCAGCCUUCAGUCAUUCCUGUCUUCACACAUGAGGAGUACAGGUUCUCUCCGGUCACUGAGAAUGCCCCCAUGGGAACAGUCGCGGGAGUCAUCUUGGCAGCCGCCAUAAACCAGACAAUCGUCUACUCCAUCAUUGAAGGAAAUGACGGUGGUGAAUUUGUCGUGAACAACAUCACUGGAGUUAUCUGCACUGCCAAGCCACUGGACUAUGAAACUAACAGCGGUUACAUCCUCCGUGUGGAAGCUGACUCCACAAGAGUGGUGUCGUCCAACCUGCGAGCACCAACCAAAAGCAAUACAGCGAAGGUCUUCAUUGACGUGCAAGAUGAGAAUGACAACCCUCCUGUGUUCACAAAACCCCUUUAUCUUGGUGGGGUUGCAGAGGAUGCCAAGACCUUCACCUCUGUUUUGCAGGUCCAGGCUGCGGAUAAGGACACAGGGAAUUACAGCGCCAUGCUGUACAGGCUGAUUAUUCCCCCAACAACUGACGGCAAAGACGGGUUUGUUAUUGAGCCAUUCACAGGCGUAAUCAAGACAGCCAUCAUGUACAGGAACAUGCGCCGCUCAUACUUCAAAUUUGACGUGGUUGCCACGGACAACUACGGUGAGGGACUCAGUAGCAGCGCCCAAGUUGUGGUGUCUGUGGUGAACCAGCUGGACAUGCAAGUGGUUGUGUCCAACGUGCCGCCCACCGUAGUUGACCAGAACAAGGAUCAGCUGAUUAGGAUUUUAGAACAUCAUGUCCAGGACCAAAUCGCUGGAGCUAAAGUAGUUGUGGAUUCUAUUGGGCCACGGCGUUUCGGUGAUAGUCACGAGCAGGAAGACUAUUCAAAAUCUGACCUGAUGGUUUAUGCCAUCGAUCCUCUGACCAACAGAGCACUCUCAAGACAGGAACUCUUCAAGUUUUUAGAUGGGAAGUUACUGGACAUCAAUAAGGAGUUCCAGCCAUACUUAGGUCGUGGAGGACGUAUUCUGGAGAUCCGCACUCCGGAUGUGGUGGAGAGCGUGAAGAAGGCAGUUCAAUCUGUUGGAUACACUGAAGGAGCCCUACUGGCCCUGGCCGUCAUCAUCAUAGUUUGCUGUAUCCCAGCCAUCCUCAUCGUCAUCAUCACCUACAGACAAUUCAAAGAGCGGCAGGCAGAGUGUGCAAAAACAGCCAGGAUCCAAAUGGCUCUUCCGGCCGACAAAACAGGAGAUGCUGCCACUAACAAUCUGUAUGAAGAAUUCGGCGACAGCGCAAUGAGAGGGUACGGCCAUCAGGAGCAACAGCAGUUGCUCCGGCCCUCUCUUUUGAGACCAGAGGAACUCUCUAUGGAGUCUGGUAUCGACCCAGGACAGGACUAUUAUACACAGGAUUACUAUAAUUAUGACCAUGGCUAUGACUUACCUCAGUAUGGAAGUCGACGGAAGCUGAUCUCUCCAAUAGGGAUGUAUGAUGAAUAUGGAGAGGUAAUAAUGGAAGAUGACGGCAGCUACUACUACAGCCCACACGAAUCAGUGGGAGAGUAUGGUAGAAAAAAGAGGAUCAAGCUGAUUGUGGACCGUGAAUACGAGACCAGUUCAACUGGAGAAGAAAGUGCCCCUGACUCAAACAGAAACCGGCUGUCUAAUGUUAACAGCCACAGCAACAUCAACGGCAGCGUCUACUUGGUGCAGAACGGCUCGAUCAUCCGGACACGGCGAGUCGCGCACACUAACAACAUCAAACUGAACUCUCCCAUACGGCUUGGGAAGCACUUUAAGAAACUGGACAAACUUGCAGUUACACACGAAGAGCGACUUCCUCUAAACAGCCCCUUAAACACAGGCGCCUCUGUGGAUGAACAGAACCUCAUGACCAGGCCCUCCAGCGGGUCCCUGGCCUCCAGUACCACAGACCCAGAGAGUAUAGCUUCAAAAUCAAACAUUGCGAAAGCAGGGGGUGAAAGUAUACAGAAUGUGGAUGAACAGGAGUCUACAGUGGACAAUCAGGAGGUGAGAGACCCAUUAGGGUCGCAGAGUGACCGCACCCAGUCUGAUGAGGAUGAGCUAUGGAUGGGGCCUUGGAAUAACCUACACAUACCUAUGACAAAACUGUAACUUCUGUCGUACAUUCAGAUGCUGCUUUCUAUUGUCUAAUGGAGGAACACAUUGAAUUUGCAGCGUAAUUCUGUAUGAUGAAAUUGCACUUUCAUUUAGUAUUACAUAUUUGCUUUUUGUGGCCCGGAUCAUUCUCAUUGAUGGUUGAAUUCAAGUACCUUAAAAAUCAAACACGUUUUUGGCUCACUGAUUGUUGCUCAUCGGUGUUUUAUUAUUAUUAUUAUUAUCGUUAUUAUUAUUUAAGUUGCCUAUGUACUGUAUGCUCUCAUAAAUAUUUAUUUUGUGUUUUUAUUUUAUAGUUUAAAAGGCAAGAAAACAAAUGUCUGCUGAUGUGUAUUUUAGGUAAAUAAUCAUCAAUGCAAAUAAUUGUGAUUAAUCUAAUGUGCUCUUAUGCACUGUACAUUUGCUUAAUGCCACAGUCAUUUGGAUGGACUUGCACCAGAGUUGAAAGUGCUAUAUUUUUGUGCUUUUUAUACCACGUUAUAUAAAAAAUAUUCAGAAUGUGACCUGUUACAGACCUGUGCCAAACAGAAGAAAACCAUUUUGUUUUUAUUAUUAUUGGCAGAAUGAUAUGCGAAAGCAAUGCAGAAUCUCGUCUCAUUGUGCAGCCUUUAAUAAUAAUAUCUGACUGUUUCUACAAAGCAGACAA